UGUAGAUUGUUUUCCUUCGUCAGAAAGAAUUGGGUCCACUUUAAAAUAUUCCUCCCAAAGCUCUGGACAUCUAAUACUAAUGACUAUGGUGUUAACUAUCUUGAUGCUUUCAUUGGUUUAACCUAAUACACUGUAAUGUCUCCCAAGGUCAACAGCGAUGGUUGUUGUGGCAUUUGCAACUUCUUUAGAACUGAGGAUCCUGCUAGAGGAGCUGUCAGUCGAACCGUCUCCUCCUCGCCAGUGGAUCGGCAGUGAGGCCUGGGUAACCAACCAAGACAUGUUGAAGUUCAGCUUCUGCACUGGAGCCAUUGGAUUUGGGAUUCAGCGAUCUGUCAUCCCAGGUCUGAGAGAAUUCUUGCUGGAUCUCUCUCCCAGCAAAGCGGCUGCCUCUUCGGUGCUUACUGAUUUCUGGGAGGAGGCGUUCAACUGCAGACUGGGAAAAGCUGCAGCCGUGGAUGAGAGAGUGUGUGAUGGAUCUGAAGACAUACAGACGCUGCAGAGCCAGUACACUGACACAUCUCAGCUCCGAAUCACUAACAUGGUGUACAAGGCUGUUUAUGCAAUAUCACAUGCCAUUCAUAAUUCAGUGUGUCAGGAAACAAAUUCUACAACUCAGUGUGAUAAAAUCACCAGGACAGAGUCCAAACAGGUUUUGACUCAACUGAAAAAAGUCAGUUUUUCCCAAAAUGGUUAUGAUGUGUCAUUUGAUGCCAAUGGGGAUCCUGUGGCCGCAUAUGAGCUGGUUAACUGGCAACAAAGUGAAAGUGGCAGCAUUGAGUUGGUGACAGUAGGUUUCUAUGAUGCAUCACUGCCGGCAGGCCAGGAGUUCAGUAUCAACAGGAACCUCACCUGGAUGGAAGGUAGAACACAAGUCCCUGUGUCAGUGUGCAGUGACAGCUGUCCUCCAGGAACUCAUAAAGUGCUGCAGAAAGGAAAACCCAUCUGCUGUUAUGAUUGUAUACUGUGUCCUGAGGGAGAGAUUAGCAAUGCUACAGAUUCUCCUGAUUGUUUCCCUUGCCCCAAGGAGUUCUGGCCUAAUGCAGAGAGAGACUCUUGUCUCCCCAAACCUGUAGAGUUUCUGUCCUUUGACGAGGUCCUAGGAAUCAUCCUGGCUGCAUUCUCAGUUGCUGGUGCCUGUCUUGCCAUUAUAACAGCGGCUGUGUUCUUUCAUCACAGGACAUCCCCGAUUGUCAGGGCCAACAACUCUGAGCUGAGCUUCCUGCUGCUCUUCUCCCUGACUCUCUGUUUCUUAUGUUCAUUAACUUUCAUUGGAGCACCCACUAAGUUUUCCUGCAUGCUGCGCCACACAGCAUUUGGGAUCACCUUCGUCCUCUGCAUCUCUUGUGUUCUUGGGAAAACAGUAGUUGUGUUGAUGGCCUUCAAAGCUACACUCCCAGGUAGUAACUUCAUGAAAUGGUUUGGUCCUCCACAGCAAAGAAUGACUGUGGUGUCUUUUACAUUUGGUCAAGUUUUAAUAUGUACCAUUUGGUUGGCUCUUAGUCCCCCUUUUCCAAUGAAAAACCUGACCACAUACAAAGAGAGGAUCAUCCUGGAGUGUGCAUUGGGCUCAGAUAUUGGGUUCUGGGUUGUGCUCGGGUACAUCGGCCUGCUGGCUGCCUUUUGCUUAGUGUUAGCUGUCUUAGCCCGCAAACUACCUGAUAAUUUUAAUGAAGCCAAGCUUAUCACCUUCAGCAUGUUGAUAUUCUGUGCAGUGUGGAUCACCUUUAUCCCAGCGUAUGUCAGCUCUCCCGGGAAAUUUACUGUGGCUGUGGAGAUAUUUGCCAUUCUGGCCUCUGGUUUUGGAUUAAUUCUGUGUAUAUUUGCUCCCAAGUGUUUCAUCAUAUUGUUUAAGCCAGAGAAGAACACAAAGAAACAUGUAAUGAACAAAAAUUAACUAAUUAAUUAAGACAUCUGACAUAAUAAAUAAUUAUAGGUCCAAGGUAACAUAUGUCAUUCACACAUUACAACUUGUUGAUUUAAAAAUAUACAUGCAUGAUUUAGAAUUACAUAUUUUAAUAUAAUCGGCACAUUUUUAAUGAAAGAAACACUUGUUGGCUGGCAGUCAACACAGGUGAAUCUGAUAAAGUAAAAUGCAUCACUUGUUCCUUGUUGUUUUUAUUGUAAAUUAAUGUCAACAUUAAUGAAUUGUCAUUUGUCAACUGUAUACUCAUGUGCAGGAGAAUAUUUUUUGUAUAUAGCUGUUUAAAUGGCUUUUGACCAAUAUAAGUAAACCAAGUAACAAUCAAGCAACAACCAGGGAAAGCACUGAAGUGCAUACAUGUUACCAUAGUUACCAAAUAUUUUGCAGAAAAUUGUAAUGCCUUACACAGUCCAAUUACAAGACUGAUUUCUGAUCAGAGUUCACAAUCAGCAGAUGGACUGAUUAAUAGUUUAGCUUCAUGCAAAAAUCAGGUAUCUACUGUUACAAGUUGGUUCAGACUCCUGACAUUCAGCCAGUC